AUGCUUCGAUAUCCAGAUGUGGUCAAGGCUUAUCCUCUCAUCGUGAAGAGCGUACCUGGCGGAGUGGACACGGCCGGUGCCAUGACCUCAGAAGAGUUCGACGAUGCCAUGUGUGCCUUGAAGGUGAAGAGGCUGGACAGUCAGGGCGUCGCAGAGGCCUUCAGCUACCUCACCACGGAGACCAUCACGCAGGCGGCCUGGAAGAAGCUGGAGCCCUUCAUCAAGAAGAUACAGCUGAAUGCGCAGGACUUCAUCGCCUUCAUGCGAAGCAUCGUUAGGGUCGCCCAGGGAACGCGCCGCUGGCGGAUGGCAGUCGAAGCUCGUGGGCCGGGCCUGGUGCCGAAGCUUUGCGCGCCGAGCCAAAGUGCCGGCACCGGUGCCCUUGGUGUUGCCCGCCCUGCAGCCACGGGCUCGUCCAGAGGCUGGAUGCACUACAAGCCGCCCUAUUUGGAUCCGAGCUCCCCCUUGCGCGUUGAGCCUCUGGAGCCGGGGUCGACCAGACCCUGGAAGGUGCUUAGGAGUCAAAAUGGAGAGCUUCCAGUCUAUUCCAGGUACCGCUACGCGGGGAAAGAGGUGACCACGAUUGUGACCCACAUCUUUGGUGACAUCGAGGCGAUACGCAAGGAACUGAUGUCCGUGUGUGAGUCUCCAUGUCGUGAGCGCCCCGGGAAAUUGGAGGUCCGUGGCUAUCACAAGUGGAAGAUCAAGGAAUGGCUUUUGUCCCUCGGAAUGUGA